AUGCGCGAGGCAGCCGAACUGAGUGGUGAUUUCUGGUGGACAGAGCCUCCGAGUCCAACGGAGCUCGCUCGUCACUUCACCCUCGGAGAAGCGACACAGGUAACCCUCGGAACCCGCAUCGACCUCGGCCUGAACAGGGCUAUGACCAUGCCACUGCCAAAGAGACAUGUCAUAUUUGACAAUCAGCUGCAAAGACCAAUCGCCUCUCCAAAAGGCAUCCCUCUUCCUCUACAAGAAUCACGGAGAGACACCGACCUCGACCUCGCAGCCGAGGCGGCGCUCUUCGCCUCCCCCAUCCCAAUGACCGGCGAACGACGCACAACAACCCUUCGCGAACGAUGGAGCUGGUACAUCUACUACGUGGGCAACUCGGGACUAGGUCCAUUCAAAUUCGCCCUGGCCGCAUGGCUCAACCUGCUCCACCGCGCCGGGUGGGAUCCCGAACUUGGUCGUGGCUCGAGUUGCAGCGACGGCGCGUGCCAUCUCCACAUGUUCGGAGCUGAGCGGAGUACCCAUUCGAUUGUGUUGAUCACCAACGCGAUCAGCUUUGGCCUGCAAGCCGCCGUCUUCCUCAUACUGGGCAGUAUGGCCGACUACGGGUCGUGGCGGCCACAUAUCGUGACUAUCGCGACGGUGAUUGGGUGGGGCGCCUGCUUUGGCUGGCUGGGGGUGAUGUCGCCGCCGCGAUGGCGCAUCGGUACCAUUCUUUAUGUCGGGGGUAUUAUGGCGUACCACGUCGCCCUUACUUUCUGGACUGCUGCGUUUCUGGCGUUGGCCCGCGACCACCCCGAGAUGCAAGACAACGAAAAGAGGCUGGCCUCAGGGGAGAUCAGCAAGGUCGAGUUUGAACACUGCGACAUGUUGGCUCGCAACAACCUCGCUCACGUGUCGUUCGCCCUUUGCUCGGCUGGAGAACUCGUCGUCCUCGCCGUGCUCUGCGCAAUCAUCCUCGCCAUUGCGCGCGGUGACCCCGAGAGCAAUACACGUGCGCUCUCAAUCGUAUGCGCAUACGCCGCUGGUGUAUGGAUCUUCUACGAACAGCAUCGCCCCGGACAACAGCUCCCGCCUGGCACAACCUACCUGACCGCCGGCUUUCGGCAGGUUUACCAUACCCUCAAGCAGUUUCAUCGACUCAAACAAACAUUCCUCUACCUCGUCGCCUACUUCUUCCUCGGUGAAUGCCUCAACGCGACCGACUUUGACACCCUCACGCUCAAUUACCUCCUCCUGGACGGCAUCGGAGCACAAGUAAUAGGUAUCUGCGUUUCGUGGCUCGUCCAACAGCGCUGGCUAUUGCGAACCAAGGCCAUGCUCCUCAUCAACGGCUUCUUCAUUCUCCUCAUCACGAUAUGGGGAUGCAUCGGCAUCACCCAGCCGAUCGGGUUCAAAAACACCUGGGAGUUCUGGUUGUAUCAGGGCUUUUACGGCGUGUUCGUCUCGCCCUUCCGUGCAGUUAGCCAGGCCAUGAUCUCUGAGGUCGUUCCGCGCGGCAAGGAGUUUUUAUUCUUCUCCCUCUUCGCCAUCGUCAGCCAAACUAGCGUAGUGGGGUUCGCCGUAGCUAGAGCCAUCAUCGACCGGUCGGGCAACACCAACUUGGCAUUCACGUUCUUGCUUGCGCUUGGCUCGGUCGCCAUGAUUAUCCUCUCCAGGGUCGAUGUCGAGCAGUCCCACUACGAAUGCAGGAAAUACCUCGAGGACGAGGCGGUGCACGUGUACCACCUCCGGCACGGACAAGUCCACGAGGUCGCCGAGAAGCUUGCGGCGCGUGACGGAGUGGGAUUGUGUAGCAUCCGCGGGGACACCUUUGUAGUGUAG